ACUGUAUCGUAAGACCAUGAUCUUGAAGUGUAAAAACCUCAAGUAUCUCGAUGACAGACCUGUAUUCCCAAGAGAUCGUGCCUGUGCAGAAGCUUGGUAAGUGGCGAUUAAUUCGAACAAUCGUACUUGAUAAUGAUAUUUUUCUUUUAAAUCGAUCAGAGCUUUAAAUUUAGAAAUGAUACAAUUACUCGUACUAUAAUACUUUCUACGGAGGAAUGAAAAUAUAGAGUCGAUGUAGUGUAACAAGCUAACGAAACUGUUACGAAGACAGGAUGCGAGGAGGACCCGAAGAAGAAGCAGCUGAGAGGAAACGCUGGAUCGAGGCGGAGCAGAAGAAAAUCAAUGAUAGCGUGCAAGCCCUGAUAAACAAAAGGAAGCUGUACAAACCGGUCGGGACGUCCGAAAAGGAGGCGGAGGAUAAGAAGAAGACGAAGGAGGACGAAGAAGUAGCCACGACCACGCUUGUCUGCACGAGCGACGAACUGCUCAACUUGGAGAAGAAGAAAAAGUCGGAUGGUACCUCAUCCUCCAACAGCUCGUCCGCGUCCUCGUCAUCGGACGAAGAGGUGGAGAACGCCGAGGUGGACGAUGAUGGAACUGGGCAAAAAGGAAUCGAGAAAAGUGACGGAAGGAGGCCAAUGGCGGAGGAAGGAAGAACAGCCUCCGGCGAUCUUGGCAAGGAAAUUUUGUUACCCUGGAAAACACAGGUCACGACACGUAAGGAGCCGAAACAGUUAGUAGAAGAGAUUGAAGAAACGAAAGAAUACGUGGCAGGAGACGCAGAACGGAAAAGGUUCGGGACGAAAAUUUUGGACGAUCAACGAUGUAGCGACGAUCUACCAGGUGGUUAUUCUGUUGGAAGAGAACUGGCCCAUUACGAGAAACUUGUCCUGGAGACGACCAACGAGACCGAAAUUACUCCACCGUGCUGUAAGCAGGGGAAGAACGACGAUAGUAAAUUACACACCAAUUCCGAAUACGAUUACCGCGACAAGAAACACUUGGUUGAAAGUCACAAAACGUUUCGAGGAUGCUCUCCUUGCUUGAGCCCUUUCGAUAGUAUCAGUGAAAUUUUACGAGUCACAAAUCGUCAUAAGUUUUUACAAAUCAACCUUGACAUGCUCGAAAUUGGUAAACAAUGGAUAAACCGCAAAUUCAUACCUCUAUGCUUUUUGCUUUUGUGUAUUACGUACAUUCUAUGCAUUUUUGCGCUUCUUAAUUUCCGUCCUAUUCUCAUUUUAGCUGAAGAAAAAUCAUUUAAGGAUUCGUCGGUUUGUUGUAAUAUUUUGGAUUGGUCGAAUGGCAGAAACAAGAAAGAAGAGAAUAUCGUAAAUAACGUGAAGGAUAAACCUCUGUGUAAAGAUAUCCUGGACAAUUAUUGUAGAAAAGAUGAACCACAUCCUUUAACCAGUCAACUGAGUAGCAUCAGAGAAGACAUGAAAGAGUUCUGCGCUGAUGUGGAUAAAUUUAUUGAAGACAAUAAGAUCGUUUUCAAAAAUGGCGAAGUGAAAAGACUGUGGGGCGAGAAAGAGGAAAUUAACGCUGGAAUCAAAUUUGAUAAAGAUAAUGAAGAAAAAGGAAAGGAUUCGUCGAAUAAAGAAAAAGAUUUUAAAUGGUGGAACACGAAGGAGAGAAAGUUAAGAGUUAAGGAGAUUUUGAAGAGUAGAGAAGAAGAAAGUAAAAGAUCGAAGAAUGUUAAAAAGAUCGAAAUUAUCGAGGACGUGGCAGAAAAAAUCUCAGAAUCUUCAAACAAAGAAGAAACUAAAGAAAAUAAGGAAGUUUCGUCUUCGCAAAGUGUUUACGAUUUAUUAAAUCUAAAAACGUGUCCCACGAUUCUACUGAGCAAUGUAAAAUCUUAUCCUAGAAAUGAAGAUGCUUCUAUGUUAUGCGAAUCUGCCAAGAAACAAGGCAACGAAGAUCGUUCCUCGGGUUUGUUCAAUUCGCUGUUCAACGAGAUGGAGUGUAGAGAUUCGAGCAAUAAGCGUGAAAAAAUGUCAAAGUCCAUUAGCUCUCACGAAUUGCUGACUUUAGAAGAAGCAGAGGAAGCUGUCGAGGAAACAGCACGGUCAUCCAGUUGUACUGAUAUAAUUCUUUCAGAUCAAGAGAAUUUUCAGAACAAAUCUGUUCGUAUAGAAAUCACGGGUGCAGAUCCUGUGAAUGCCACAUUGCUCGAUGACGACGAAGAAUCAGAGAGUGAAUCUGUGAAAACUGUAAUUAACAAUUAUGAAGAAAUUAACCGGGAAGAAGAUACACGAACAAAUAUCGCAAAAGAAAAUAAUUCUGAAUGUGUUUCUGAUAGUUCAAACGUUACUGGAGUGCAAAACAAAAUGCAACAGCUAGAUACCACGUUCGACGGUACUGUAUCUUCGAGCGUUGAAAAGUCUAGUCAAUCGUCUAAAUCGCAUAAAAGAUCGCGAGAUUGCGAAUAUCUGGAUGUAGUCAGCAAAAAAUCCCAUCUAAUCGAAGAAGUGGAUAUUGAAAAAGACAGGAGCGAUGGAAGAACGACUGGUGAAGUGUUUGAAAAGUGUAGACGGCAUUUCAUGAAAGAGGCAAAGAAGUUUGUACAAAAGGAAUCGCCUCUGAUCAACCAGUGCAUAGAAAGCUUGAUAACAAAUAGAAAUUCAGAGGGAAAUUGGAAGAUACAGAGUAGUCAAGAGGAUUUCUUAAGUUUUACAACUGCGAACUUAAACCCUGAUUUUCGUUGUGGGAAAAAUUCGGUUAAUUCGGAGGAGAAAAUGAUUUCUUCGCGUGAACAAUCUCACGUGAAGCCGAGAAGCAUUUCGAGUGUUCAAAAUUUCGAAGAUGAUCGAGCAAGUAGGAAAAAAUCGGAUUCGUGUACUGAUCGACGAUCAGAAAUGGCAUCGAUUACCCAGCUUCUAAACCAAUCUCAUAGCACGGAGAAGCAUUCGUCAAAUAUAUGCACUGAUCUCUACCAAGAAUUCUGCAAUCAUUUGGAUCAGAUGAACAGUAAAAGAAAGCUUCUAAUCGAGCCAGAUUUCGUAAAAAAUAGCAGGGCAAUUGGCAGUGAACAGACAGACGACCUUCUAUCGUCAAGGGAGACCAAACAGUCGAAAGAAGAACAAACAAAACCAUUGAUCGAGGAGAUUUCAGGAAAUUCAACAAACGUAGACGAAUUAGAAAAACUUGAAGAACUAUCUGUUCAUCUCGAAGAUCUUGGAAUGGACGCAGCGUUUAAGGAUAAGAUAUUAAAGAGCAUAAGUGCUCCAAAAACUGAGGAGCAGAGAAAAAGAGCAAAAAAGUCGGCCGAGAAGUUGAUGAAGACUUCCAGAGAAGCAAUGGCGAAAGGAAAAUCUUUGCUAGAACAGUCUUCCCCUGUCAGUAAUCAGAACAAAGAUCUUGAUCAUAGUAGGAGAUUUUUCAUGAACCUGUUAGCAGAGGCUUUGGAGGAAAAUAAGCAUAAGGACGUUGAUCCCACGAAGAGUAUCGAUGACAAAUCUGAAUCAGGUUCAAUCAUCGAAACAGUUUCAGAUAUUUCGAAGAAUACUGUCGUAAAAAUAGAAGAAGCUGCAAGAUUAUCGUCGGUUGAUAAUAACAGGAGUCAGGGUAGUGAAAUUCUUGAUACAGGGAGAGAAAACGUUGUCAGGGCGAGGAAAAGUUUGGAAAUGCAGAUGGUUCAGGAAAACUGAAGGAAGAUCGAAACUGAAACACACAAAGCUUUGAGAGAAUGUUAGUAUUUAGAAAAAAGAAAAUCUAAAAAUAAUUGACUUUUCAUAUACCAUGAAAGAAGAAAAAAAAAUCGUAGACUCUGUAAGUUAAGUUGUACGACUGUAUUUCUGUUACUUUGUAUUCAAGUAAACGAAUUAUUACGUUCCAACUAUUCGUGCAUCGAAAAAAAGCCACGAGUCUAAAAAUCAGAUUUCGAUCCAUCUCUAAAAGGAAAAAAGAAAAUAUGGUAAACAUUUCACGAGAAGAAUAAUCUAAACGAUGGAUAGCAAAGUUAGACGGACCUUCUACUACGUACACUUUAUUUUUUUUUGUCCACACUCACAUCAAUUAUAUAAUAAUAAUAACGAUGAUGGCGGUGAUCUGGUGAACCAUAAUUAAUAGUAAGAAUAAUUAAUCUGUAAUUAUGUGACAAUCGGCUGCUUGCAAACGAAACAAUAGUCUCCGACGUUCUUAUGUUCUCGUCGUUCUCGAGGGCACCCGAAUUUCAAACGAACAUCCUGGCGCCCUCGCAAAGCUUGGCAAAAAGCUCGUGAUACUUUUUUUAUACGUUUAUAUAGGAUGAUAUCGGAAUGAAAAUUUUUUCCUUCCGUCGCAAAAUCGCGCCGAACCUUCCUCUUGUUCCUCUUGUUUCAUUUUUUCCCCAUUUUGCCUUUUCCCUUAUAUGACUCUUCUCAGACACAUUUAUCCGCUUUCACAUCCCCACUGUUAGCAUUUUGUAUCUCGUUUAUUUCUGUUCGACCAUUCCCCUUUCCGUUCGCUUUACCUCGUAAUAUAUGCUAUACGACGUAUUUUUUAUUUCGCGUGCUCUUACAAUUAAGAACUACCUUACUGUUCUGACUCACCGCAGGAAGUAAAGAAACGUACAGAUACAUUAUGCUCCACUGUUUCUAUAAUUAUUACAAUAAUAGAUUUAUAAAUGUCCAUUUUCCCCGUCUCAAACUCUCCCACUCAUUCUACCACUCUCGUAUCGAUCAUUUUCUCACGCGACCAGACGAAAUCAAACGUUCUCAUACGUAAUUCGUAAAAUCUCUUCGUACCGUGUUCUCUUUUUUCGCUUUCACACACGCACGCAUUCGGUUGCUCCCUAAUUGUAAGUUAUUUUUCUGAACUAUACCGAGUGCCGAGGAAGCGGUUUUCGACGACCAGAGACCUGAAACAGAGAUUUUACUUGAGAAAAAAAAGACAGAUCUAUUUGUGUAUCGACGAAUAUCGAUUAAAUAGAGAUCGUAAAGAUACAGAUCAAAUAUUAUCUUAUUUCUCUUUUGGGAUCAUCGAACGACUCUUCCUGGCCACGUCGUGUAUACGUCUCUUUGGGUUUACUUUUGCUUACUAUCGUAUUGUUAUAGUGUAGGUUGCUGUUAUUCCUGUCGCAGUUUAAUUCAUUAUUUUAAUGCAUGACAGCCCUUACACGUUUACGGCUUACGUUACGUUACAGAAAGAGAGUACCUUAACGUCUAUACUUGUUUUUUUGUUUUGUUUAGUAUUAAAGAGUUUCCUCGGGUUAUUAUUGAAAAAAGUUUUCGAGAAGCUCGCCGCUCUGAACUCCCUUUCUCUUCCCUUGAGAAUUUUUCUAUCCUCGUUUUUGCGAUUCAGAAGCUUGAUAACGGCGACUUCGUGAGAGAAAAUGGGCGAUCCACUUUUGUUUUUUCCUUUCUCUAUGCUGGAUAUAUUUAAAAUCGAACAGCGCGAUCGAAUGAAAACGUAAAUUGCGACGGACUCAUCGCGUAGUCCGCCGAGAACACGACAGAUACGACGAAUUUGCAAUCGCGUCGUGAAGAAACGAAGAACUCGUAACAAAAAUCACCCUCGUCUGCGUACAUUCUUUGCCAAUAAAUUCUAGCAUUUGAAUUUCUGUUCGAUACAUCUGAAUUUUCUUCAAUAAAAUUGUUAAAUAAAAUUUGUCGUAAAUGUAUCCGUAAUUAUUUCAUAGAGGAAUCGUGUUUGUUUAAAACAUGAAUUUGUGGGGCAACAAUAGAAGUUAUUUUUACAACUAUUAAAUUUAUGAAAUUAAUUUGAACUUUCCUCGUGUACGACUAGUAUGGUUGUUCUCUAGAACAAAUUUUGAUUUGUUCAGUUUCAUUUUUCAUGAUACUAUUUCUACAAUGUUGUAACCAUUAAAACGUAUCAUUACAUACGAAAGUUCAAAAAGGGUAGCUUUUGCUACGAGUUUUCUAAUCGAGUUUCGAUAAAGGAAUAGCUGGCGAACAAAUUUCGAACUCCUCUCGUUCGAACGCUUAUCAGUCUUCUUUGUAUUCUAGUCCGAGAAAAAUAACGUCGAACCCGUUGAUUCUUCGCGUACUCUUGAUCCCUAAUUUCAGACGAGUCUUCUUCGCGUGUCACUCCGUUUUCUAUAAUGUAAAUAUAUAGUAGAUAGAUACGAUAUAGUAAUAUUUGAGAUUAAUUUGUACCAUCGUUUGUAAUACAACGAUGAAUGAGAUAAAUUAAAAACGCGUUAUAAUAGUUGUUCUUUCCAAGCUGUUUAAGAUACGUCUCGUAAGUAUGACAGCAACACAACUUUCAUUUUUCGCAUGUUGUGUUAUAAUAUCUUUAUACCUUAACGCGAUAAGGAACCAAGUACGACACGUUUGAAAUCCUAUUAAGGAACAAUUUAUCCUUUCGUUUCAACUGAUUUAAAAUGAAUAGAAGAGAAUUGUAAACUGGCUAAUUUCAUAAUCACAGUAUAUCGCUUCCAAUUACUAUAAUUUAAACGGUUUGUACACUGUUUCAAGUGUAACGAUCUUCCUCGCGACUCUCGUGAAUGCUACUCGUCUUUACACUACAAUCGUUACUUUUGUUUUCUCUUUAAAGAGGAUUGUCAUCGUGCGUUGGUGUCUUCGCGUCACUGUAUGCGAAACGUUCAACGAAAUGUUCCAGAAAUAACGUUAUCAAAAUAUAAAUGCUUCGCGAAGAUAUGUAAGAUGAACCGAUGCAUCGUGAUUGAUCGCAAAACGCUAAGUAUAUUUGUAAUCGUAAAUCAAACGAUGAUUUAAGAUAUUUUGUACUGAAGAUUAAACCAUUAAGAAAUUCGACGAUAAUAUUUGACGAAAGAUUUCAAAGUAGCGAAAAAAGAAAUAUUUUAAUCAGGCUAACGCUACUGGUGGGCAAAAUAUUUAUUCAUGACGAAUCGUAUGAGAAGGCAGUUUUACUUUCUUGUAAUUCCGAAUAAACCAACAAAAAUCGCUUAAAAAUGAUUUGUAACGGAAUUUAACAAGCUACAAGACAAAUUAUUUACUUUUAUUCAAACAGACCUGACUUGUUCUACUUUUCUUUCUGCAACUGCCUUCAUUUCGUUGCAAACGUUUCAAUUGUUAUCAGCAAUAUAAUAACAUUUGACAGAAUGGAUCGGCGUGAUUGCAAAUUCGAUCGACUAUAGCAGAAAAAGGAAACUUACGCCGUGCUACGUGUACGACUCGCGACGUGCCGAAGUAGAUAAAAAUCGUCAAAUUCUCGAAAGGAUAUUUGUCUCAAAUGUUACGGAGAAUCGGUAAAGAAAAUCCGUCUCCAAGACAAAUUUCAUACGAAGCUUGUAAAAUAUUGUCAAGAGGAAGAGAAAUCUGAAGAAUCCCGAUAAAACUGAUGGCAUCUCAUUGUGCGAAGCAACCAAUUUGUACAUGGAAAAAAUAAAAGAAAAAUAAAAUAGUAAAAAUCGUCAUACAUUUACAUAUGUACGAAAUAUAUAUGUAUAUAUAAUAUAUAUAUAUAUAUAUAUGCGAGUGUCUAAAGCUUGUAAUAAAUUAAGAAAGUAAAUUCGAAGUGAUCGAAUUUUUCUUGUGCUUUCUAUCUGUGUGUGUUUCAGCUAUUUCUUUGGCCCUGUUCUUUCGUAAUUCUCGUAUAUUCGUGAGCCCAUGGUAAAAUCUCGCAUCGGAAACCGAAGUGAAAAUGCGUAGUCGCUUGUUCUCCCGCGAGGGUCUCGAACGAAAUUGUCAUACAAAGUGUACUCGUCGUAGAAUGUCUACAAAAGAGAUACGAGAACAAUUAUUAUGAAAAACGUUAUCUUGUAAACAGUGUUAAAAUCUUAAGAUAAACAAUGUAAGACUAUUCGCAACAGUAUCAAUAGAAAUGGAUCUGACUAAUAGGAUGCGUAAUGCUUGUUUCUUGGCCCGCCGAUGGUUUUUAUUUCUUUUUUUUUUUUUUCUUUUUUCAUCCGUCUCGUCUUCAAAUUUAAUAUUCUUCAUCUCGCGUGGCUCAGGAGAGAAUCUCGCGGAGCGAGACUCUCGGAUGAAGUAAUAGAAAAAAUCGAUUCGGAGUUUGAUAUUAAAUUUGACGACGAUCCCAUUUCGUCCGACCGUGUCCAGAGGGAAAAAGAAUGAAACGAAUCUUCGCUCAACGAGCACGCUAAUUAUCUCAUAACUAAUUCAAGGCGAAAAUUCCAAAGCUUUUUCCCCUCUGCGACGGUCGGGGAAUCACUUUUGCGACGCGCUACAAUGAAUUAUAACAAUCGAUCGUUCAUCGUGGGAGUGGUGUUUCUCGCUGGUGCACGUUCCUUGAGAAAUUUCGCGAUCGAUUUCUCGAACACACUAUGUACAGAUCAUCGAAUGAAUAGAAUGCAACGUGAACAUAUGUGUACAUGUGUAUAUUUAGUGUGUAGGUGUGUAUAUGCCAGCGGUAUGCGUUUUGUAUAUUUGAUGGAUUACAGAGAUGUUACGCUACGUUUUGCGUGUACACGCGGCAUGGGAGGAGAAGAACGAAAAAAGAACGUAAAAGAGGAAUCUUAACAGGAGUCUUUGAUGACUUCAGUCUCGCAUAGAAAUCACGCCAGGUUCGCUCUCGAUGUCGAAUGCGGUUUUUGGUCGAUUCGCGAUUGUGAUGUCUCUUUGGAUUUCUACGCACAAUUCUCUUUUCUCUAUAUUGAAAAAACUUCGAGGCGGUAUACAGAUACAGCUAUGGCGAUAGCUACGUGUACGAGAAACAUUCAUCAGGCAAUAUUCCUUAACUGCAGUUUCUGAAUAAACACACUACGUCGCACGUUUUUUAUUUUUUUUUUCUUCUAAACUUGAUUAGCUACUUAAUGGAUAGCGCGAAUGCCUCCGGAAUGUUCGACUUUCAAAGAACCGUUUCAAGGACAGCCAUCUUCCACCCACGAACUUUUCACCUGAUACCGAUUCUUGUCACACUCUGAUACAUGGAUCUUUUGAGUUGCAUCCAUCCUCAAAAACACACGGAUUUCAUAUGAAAAUCCUCUUCGUACAGCGAAGGUUCUUCCGUAAUUUCUUCAUUCGCCUCUCCUUCUUCUUACAUUUAUGAAAACGAUUCUUUCUUAUGACGUAUCGUAUUGAUGACGAUGACGAUUGACAGGGGCACCCACGAGGCUCGAAACGCGUUACAACAAGAACAAGGAUCUCUGUCGAGUCCACGAAAAAUCUACCUUAGUCGCUUUUUCUUUGUUGGGCGAAGAACAAGGUCUAUUUUCCCCUACGUUCUUAAAGACGAUAAGAACGCGGGAAACGCCGACUUCGUGCCUCGUGAAAACGUCGUUCACGAAGGAUGAUUACUCAAAUGAGAGCUAGUCUAGCCGUCGAUAAUAAUUUAUUAUUAUUUUAUUGUUGUUAUUAUCGUUAUAUAAAAAGUGAUGAGAGAAAUCCUUGUAACUAUCUAUCAUUUAACAACGAAGACAUCCUUCCUCUUAGUUAUCUUUUUGUAACUUUCUGGAUGAAUGUAUAUACCUUCCUUUUUGAAUAUAUUUCCGGCUUUUUCCAUUCACCUCUUGGCAAACUCACUUCCGUUUCCCAUCAGCUGCCGCCACUUUUCUUUCCGCAUUCUUUGGCUAUGUCCUGGCGUUUCGUUCACUUAAAACAGCGUAUCACGCGUUAUUUAAGUGUUCUUUUGUACAUAAUAUACACGCACUAUAUAUUAUAUUUAUAUAUAUCGUACUUUAUAUUCGCUCGUAAUUCGAAAGAGGCAGUAUUGCUAAUGGCUUCUUAUCGUCCAUCGUAAAAGGAUUUACUAAAAUGAGUUCCACUAGUUUUUCCACCUCUUCCUUUUCCUUCGUUUCUCAUCGUGUGUUUCGCCGCUUUUUCACGUUGAAAUAGGACCCAAAAGUAUUCGCCGGAGACUCUUAUCGAUCGAACGAACGAGAAAUUAAAAGAAAAGAAAAUAGGCGAGAAACGUCGAAUGAGAAAAAUUAUUUGCGAGAGGUCGGGAUGAUGGCGAAGAAAAAGAAAACGAGCGGUAAAAAAAUAACCAAAACGCCACGUUUCAUUUUUUCCAAGUACUUUUAUUCACCUUAUUAUGACUUCAGAAAAAAAAUCUAUUCCUUCACUUGCUUUCUCAUGCUGUUGUUCCUGAUGUCACAAUCGAUCCGAUAUAUUAUCACGGUUCCCCUAUGCAUUCGAUUAACUAAACGAUUCAAAACCAGCACUCGCAUCCUUGUCCGCGGACAAGGAGACCUACCAACGGGAAUAGUAAAGAAAAGAACGAAAUGAAUAACAAACUGCUCCACUUACACAAACCUCUGCGUUUUCUUUCACGUUUUUUCCUUUUUCUAAUUGGUUUAUUCUUGCGUUUGUCGUUACUAUGACUAGAGACUUAAUAAAUCGUUAAUUUUGUAUGACUACUCGUCGAUAGUAUAUAUAUAUAUAUUAUAUAUAUAUAUAGUAUAAUAUAUAUAUAAUAUAAUAUAUAUUAUAUAUAUAUAUAUAUUUUGUAUUCGUACAAAGAAUAAGAAACCAUAUUGCUUCAGUGGCUCGAGGCUUCGAAAUACAAAAACGAGAAGCCUUCUCCGAGAGGCCACGGAAUUACGAAAUACAAAAAGCACAGAUCUUGUGUUUCCAUUAUUUUUUUUUUUUUUUCGUUUUAUAACUCUUUUUCUUUUUAAAUAUUUAAGUACCCUUCUUCCUUCAUUUUGAACACCGUUGCAAUGCUCUACGCAGACAACUAAGGUCUCUGUUCUUUUCAGAAGAAGAAAAUAUCUGUUUUCGUUUUGAAAUUUUAAAUGUCAAACUAUCGUAAAAAUCGAAGGAAGAAGGCCUUCAUUUCGUAUUGGCGCGGAGAAAAGAUUUUUUAUGUUAUAUCUUGUUAUUUUUUGCCUAAUUGGUCGCUAGAAGAUAUGGAGGCGUGUGACAUAAGCGCGAUUAGUCGAAAAGAGUGAUAUCAAAAAACCGAUUAUAAAUGUUAUCGUUCAGGAAAAGUAUUUCUCGUUUAUCUGUUUGUAACGCAAUAAUAGAAUAACGUCUUUAGAAACUCCUUAAAGACUUCUUGAUAGUUCCUUUAACAGUUUUUUUCUUUUUUUUUUUUAAAUCAGAUUACAUACUUGUUCUGUUAGGAAAACAAUUGCUGGUUUUCGCGUUCCGGAAGCCACGCUUCCCUUACUGACUCACUUAGUCAUUUUUCUUUAACAGUUGGUGAUCUCAACAGGAACCAACAGUGGUUAAAAUAUAUUCAAAGCAAUUUACAUUAAACCACUAAGAUCGCAAUAAGUCGUACAUGUUGUAUAACGUCCUUGCUGAUCACCAGAAUAUUAAAUGCAAAUAAGAAUGCAAUAAAAUAUAGGAAAAAAACAA